AUGGCAACUUUAGAGGGCGAGACCCAAAACCUUCCCCCGCAAAGCCCUAUCGGGUUUGAAGGCUACGAGAAGCGCCUCGAGAUCACUUUUUCCGAUGCACCUUUGUUUAAGGAUCCCCAAGGUCGCGGUCUCCGCUCUCUUUCCCGAUCUGAGAUUGACUCCAUUCUGGACACUGCCUUCUGCACCAUCGUGAACCAGCUUUCCAACAAGGACUUCGACUCCUAUGUCCUUUCUGAAUCUAGUUUGUUUGUGUUCCCUCACAAGAUAAUCCUGAAGACUUGCGGGACCACGAAGCUCCUCUUAGCCAUCCCUAGGAUCCUCGAACUCGCUGCCGGGCUCUCACUCCACGUUACGUCUGUGAAAUACUCUCGUGGCAGCUUUAUAUUUCCAGAGGCUCAACCUGCUCCCCACCGUAGCUUCUCCGAGGAGGUUUCAGAUCUCAACCGGUACUUUGGAGGCCUUUCCUCAGGUGCCUACGUUAUCGGCGACCGGGCCGUUCCCAACCGCAAUUGGCAUGUCUAUUACGCCUGCGACAAGCCAGAGCAGCCCAUGGUAACCCUCGAGAUGUGUAUGACUGGUUUAGACAAGGAUCGCGCAUCAGUUUUCUUCAAAAAGUCCUCCGAGGGCAAGCCUCCUUCAGCUAAGGAAAUGACGAAGCUCGCGGGGAUUUACGACAUCAUCCCAGAGAUGGAGAUCUGCGACUUCGAGUUUGACCCCUGCGGCUACUCCAUGAAUGGGAUCACCGGCCGCGCUCUCUCAACUAUCCAUGUCACCCCGGAGGACGGCUUCAGCUACGCGAGCUACGAGACCAUGGGAUUCGAUCCCUCCGCGUUGGACUACCAGGCUCUUGUGCAGAGGGUGCUGAAAUGCUUUGCCCCCGAUAACUUCUCCCUCGCAGUCACUGUCUUCGGACCCCGUGCGGCAGCGGCGUCGUGGGACAAGCCGAUCGCCGCGAGAGGAUACGCCCGCGAAGACGUCGUCGAGCAGGAGCUUCCCGGUGGUGGUUUGGUGUUCUAUCAAUCUUUCACCCAACGCGCCGAGUCCCCGAAGUCUGUUCUCCAUUGCUGGGAGGCGGAGACAGGUGGAAAGCAUGGAAAGGAGAAGAUGGGCGUUGUGGUGGGUGCUGAAGACAUCGACAUGAUGUUCCCCCUGUGA